CUGAAGAUAGGCAUAGACGCCCCCUGAAAUAAUAGUGAUGAGACUAACCACAAUGAUAAUAGCAAACACAUGAUGUUUAUUGUGCGCCGGGAACUGUUUUAGGCACUUUAUAUAUACAGACUUUUUUUUUAAGUCUUCAUAGCAACCCUAUGGGUUAGAUGGGUAAAUAAACAGGACCUGUAAUUGUCCCCAUUUUAUAGGUGAGGAAACUGAAGUGCAGAGCGUUACAUCACUUGUCCAAAGUCACGUGACUGUUUGGCAGUGGAGCUGGGAUUUGCACGUGGGCAGUCAGGCCUCGGAGCCCGUGUUCUAAACUGUGCUGUACUGUAAUGAUUAUUAUGAUUGUGUCAUUUUGGUUAAUGUCCACCUUUCUCAGUGGCCUCUCAGUUCCUGAGUUCAGAGACUGCCCCUGUCUGGUUAAAUUUUGAUUUUCCAGUGCCUAGAACAGAGCCCGGCAGUGAGCAGUCUGUGGCAGAACGAAUCCCCCUGACUUUCUGCUGACUUGAGUAAGUAGAGGCUUUGGUGCGAGCAUCUUCAGUUUUCGUCCCUUCUCCUUCCACGCACCAAACCCCCUGGAUCGAAAGAAUAGGUGCUCCCACUUAGUUCAAAAUUGAAUCCCGCCACCUGUUUACUUCCUGUGUCCUGAAAGUAAUAUUUGCACUUUGUAAUUAAGAACGAUUGUAAAUAUCCAUAAAGUGUGCUGCCUUUUUUCCCUCUCGCACCUUUCUCACUUUCCAGAGGUGGUGAAAUGAUUAUCUUUUCUUGAACAUGCACAAACCGUAUGGUCACUUAAAAUACACAAAAGGGAGUGCGUGUAAUAUGCACAUUAGUCUAUGUUUGUUUUUAUAUUAAAAAUUAACUUGCAGUAUCGAACCGUAGUUUUGCAAGCAGUCACCAUUGAGGGCAACCAGGGAGAGGGUACGUGGGAUCUCUCUGUAUUCCUUUUUAUGCUUGCAGGCGACUCUCCAAUGAUCUGAAAAUAAAAGAAGAAAAUUUAGGAAACUAGAGAAACCUUUCUACAUCAGCAUAUUUAUCUCUUUCUUCCAAAUGACCACAUUCGACAGGUCACAGGUAUGCAGAUGUGCACCUUUUGGCCACCGACGGACUGUUACUUCAUUUUUUCCUUUUACCAGCACUGCUGUAGGGGAACACUUGUAUUCGUAGCUUCAUCCUUGCUCGGGUGGAUAUUAUAUGCACAGCCAAGUUUUAGAAAAGGAGAAGAGAAGGGAUCCGAAGACGUGCGCACGUGACAGUUGGCAGGCUGUUCCCCGAACCAGUUUAUCCUUUCAGCUGCGGUUAGGAUACGGAGCCUGUUCUCUGUGCGCUCACCUGUAGUGUCCUGAUCCUGUCCCUCCGCUUCUUCUGUGGGACUUGAACAAAAUUGAUUAGUCCUUUUCCAUUUCAUAUCCCCCCUUCUCUCUUGGCUCUCUCCUGUCUGCCCAUCCUCUGGCAAGUCCUUCACAUCAAUAAGACUUUUCUUAGCAACGGAGUGCUUGAUUUGGAUUUACUUCUCCUUGUGACACCCUCAGACAUAGCUCCUGUGGUUAUCCCCAUUUCACAGGUUGCUAUCAAGAUCAUAGACAAGACCCAGCUGGAUGAAGAAAACUUGAAGAAGAUUUUCCGGGAAGUUCAAAUUAUGAAAAUGCUUUGCCACCCCCACAUCAUCAGGCUCUACCAGGUUAUGGAGACAGAACGGAUGAUUUAUCUGGUGACAGAAUAUGCUAGUGGAGGGGAAAUAUUUGACCACCUGGUGGCCCAUGGCAGAAUGGCAGAGAAGGAGGCCCGUCGGAAGUUCAAACAGAUUGUGGCAGCUGUCUAUUUUUGUCACUGUCGGAAUAUUGUUCAUCGUGAUCUAAAAGCUGAAAAUUUGCUUCUGGAUGCCAAUCUGAAUAUUAAAAUAGCAGAUUUCGGCUUCAGUAACCUGUUCACUCCUGGGCAGCUGCUGAAGACCUGGUGUGGAAGCCCUCCCUAUGCCGCGCCCGAACUCUUUGAAGGAAAAGAAUAUGAUGGGCCCAAAGUGGACAUCUGGAGCCUUGGAGUCGUCCUGUAUGUGCUUGUGUGCGGUGCCCUGCCGUUUGAUGGGAGCACACUGCAGAAUCUGCGGGCCCGGGUGUUGAGUGGAAAGUUCCGCAUCCCAUUUUUUAUGUCCACAGAGUGUGAGCACCUGAUCCGCCACAUGCUGGUGUUAGACCCCAGUAAACGCCUCUCGAUGGAGCAGAUCUGCAAGCACAAGUGGAUGAAGCUAGGGGACGCCGAUCCCAACUUUGACAGGUUAAUAGCUGAAUGCCAGCAAUUAAAGGAAGAGAGACAGAUUGAUCCCCUGAAUGAGGAAGUCCUCUUGGCCAUGGAGGACAUGGGACUGGACAAAGAGCGGACACUACAGUCAUUAAGAUCGGAUGCCUACGAUCACUAUAGUGCAAUCUACAGCCUGCUAUGUGAUCGACAUAAGAGACACAAAACCCUGCGUGUCGGAGCGCCUCCUAGCUUGCCCCGUGCCAUGGCCUUCCAAGCACCAGUCAAUGUCCAGGCGGAGCAGGCCGGUGCCACCAUGAACAUCAGCGUUCCCCAGGUGCAGCUAAUCAACCCUGAGAACCAGAUUGUGGAGCCGGAUGGGACAUUGAACUUGGACAGUGAUGAGGGUGAAGAGCCCUCCCCUGAAGCGUUGGUCCGCUAUUUGUCAAUGAGGAGGCACACAGUGGGUGUGGCUGACCCACGCACGGAAGUUAUGGAAGACCUGCAGAAGCUCCUGCCUGGUUUUCCUGGAGUCAACCCUCAGGCCCCAUUCCUGCAGGUGGCCACUAACAUGAACUUCAUGCACAACCUGCUGCCCAUGCAAAACUUGCAACCAACUGGACAGCUUGAGUACAAGGAGCAGUCCCUCUUACAGCCUCCCACCCUACAGCUGCUGAAUGGAAUGGGCCCCCUCGGCCGGAGGGCAUCGGAUGGAGGAGCCAACAUCCAACUACAUGCCCAGCAGCUGCUGAAGCGCCCACGGGGACCCUCCCCGCUUGUCACCAUGACGCCAGCAGCGCCGGCAGUUACCCCUGUGGACGAGGAGAGCUCAGAUGGGGAGCCAGACCAGGAAGCUGUGCAGAGGUACUUGGCAAAUAGGUCCAAAAGGCACACACUGGCCAUGACCAACCCUACAGCUGAGAUCCCACCGGACCUACAGCGGCAGCUAGGACAGCAGCCUUUCCGUUCCCGGGUCUGGCCUCCUCACCUGGUACCUGAUCAGCAUCGCUCUACCUACAAGGACUCCAACACCCUGCACCUCCCCACGGAGCGUUUUUCCCCCGUGCGCCGGUUCUCAGAUGGGGCUGCAAGCAUCCAGGCCUUCAAAGCUCACUUGGAAAAGCUGGCCAACAGCAGCAGCAUCAAACAGCUGCAGCAGGAGUGUGAGCAGCUGCAGAAGAUGUACGGGGGGCAGGUUGACGAAAGAGCCCUGGAGAAGACCCAGCAGCAGCACGUGCUGUACCAGCAGGAGCAGCACCACCAGAUCCUCCAGCAGCAGAUCCAGGAUUCUAUCUGUCCUCCUCAGCCUUCUCCACCUCUCCAGGCUGCAUGUGAAAAUCAGCCAGCCCUCCUCACCCACCAGCUCCAGAGGUUACGGAUCCAGCCUUCAAGCCCACCCCCCAGCCACCCCAACAACCAUCUCUUCAGACCACCCAGUAAUAGUCCUCCCCCCAUGAGCGGCGCCAUGAUCCAGUCUCACGGUGCUGCGUCGCCCUCCCAGUUUCCGGGCUUACCGUCCCGCAGUGCUGUCUACCAGCAGCAGCCUGAGAACUGCUCCCCCCCUCCCAGCAUGGCCCUCACCUGCCUGGGCAUACAGCAGCCCGCCCAGUCACAGCAGGUGACCAUCCAAGUGCAGGAGCCUGUUGACAUGCUCGGAGGCAUGCCAGGGGCCACUGCGGGCUCUGCCGGGCGGGGCAUGUCCAUGAGCCCCAGUGCCAGUCAGAUUCAGAUGCAGCACCGUACCAACCUGAUGGCCGCCUUCAGCUAUGGGCACCGCCCCCUGUCCAAGCAGCUGAGUGCCGACAGCGCGGAGGCCCACAGCUUGAACGUGAAUCGGUUCUCCCCUGCUAACUACGACCAGGCGCAUUUACACCCCCAUCUGUUUUCGGACCAGUCCCGGGGAUCCCCCAGCAGCUACAGCCCUUCAACAGGAGUGGGGUUCCCUCCAUCCCAAGCCCUGAAAGUCCCUCCACUUGACCAAUCGCCCACCUUCCCUCCCAGCGCACAUCAGCAGCCACCGCACUAUACUACGUCGGCGCUGCAGCAAGCCCUGCUGUCCCCCACGCCGCCAGACUAUACCCGACACCAGCAGGUACCCCACAUCCUCCAAGGACUGCUCUCCCCCCGGCACUCACUCACCGGCCACUCGGACAUUCGGCUGCCCCCGGCAGAGUUUGCACAGCUCGUUAAAAGGCAGCGGCAGCAGCAGCAGCAGCAGCAGCAGCAGCAACAGCAGCAGCAGGAGUACCAGGAGCUCUUCAGGCACAUGAGCCAGGGGGACGCUGGGAGUCUGGCUCCCGGUCUCGGGGGACAGAAUAUGACAGAGCGCCAGGCUUUAUCGUAUCAGAAUGCUGACUCGUAUCACCACCACCACACCAGCCCCCAGCACCUUCUCCAAAUCAGGGCACAGGAACGCAUGGCUCAGGCUUCCUCCCCCAGCCCGGCCCAUGGGUACGCUCACCAGCCAGUGCUCACGCACUCGGAGAGCAUGGAAGAGGAGGACCCCUGUGAGGCGGCCAAGGAUGGCUUUCCAGACAGGACGAGCCCCAAUACAGCGACCAGAGGUUGCCGUGACAGCACCCUACUCUUGAGUACUGGCGGACCCGGGGACCCCGAAUCUUUACUGGGAACUGUGAGCCACGCACAGGAAUUGGGGGUACAUCCCUACCGGCAUCAGCCACCUGCUGCAUUCGGUAGAAGCAAGGUGUCCAGCCGAGAGUCUGUGAUAGGGAACUGCAUGGAUAGAAGUUCUCCGGGACAAGCAAUGGAGCUGCCGGAUCACAAUGGACUUGGGUACCCAACACGCCCCUCUGUCAAUGAGCACCACAGGCCCCGGACCCUCCAGAGACACCACACGAUCCAGAACAGUGAUGAUGCUUAUGUGCAGCUGGAUAACUUGCCGGGAAUGAGUCUCGUGGCGGGAAAAGCACUUAGUUCCGCCCGGAUGUCAGAUGCGGUUCUCAGUCAGUCCUCGCUCAUGGGGAGCCAGCAGUUUCAAGAUGGGGAAAAUGAGGAAUGCAGGGAGAAUCUAGUUGGUCACGAGCAUCCGGACCUGGCUGACGGCAGCCAGCAUUUAAAUUCCUCUUGCUAUCCAUCCACGUGCAUCACAGACAUUCUGCUCAGCUACAAGCACCCUGAGGUCUCCUUCAGCAUGGAGCAGGCAGGCGUGUAACAGGACACGGAGAGUUUGUGUACAGCUCGGGAAUGAAAUGACUUUACACCAACAGUAUCUAGCAGCAUUGCGCCAAAUUGCCCUUGUGUUUCUGUCCACCUAGAGCGUCACGGCUCCUUUCCUCACUUUGGUUCAUCAGUGUGCGGUUCUUUCGGGUUCUGAGGGGGUUUUGCCAUGUUUGCUCGUAUGACCAAGUCACCAAGGAAAUAAACAGGAUAUUCGUGUUCGCCACCUUUUGUGAAAGUGUAUUUGGUAUAUUUGAGUUGGAGGUUUGGUUUCGUUUGUUUUGUUUUUGUUUUUGUUUUUGUUUUUGAUAUAUUUUCUUUUGGAGGUGAUUUUCUUUCUUUUUUAUUUGUUUCUCUCUUUUUCUUGUUUUUUUCUUUUUUCCUUUCCUUUGCUGAGACAGAAGAACAAAGCAGUUAAAAUUAUAGAGGCCAGGACACCCAGAGCCACUCCCCUGCCCUGCGUCCCCCCACAGAGCACCUCCAUUUCUCCAUUUCCCUGCAUUGCUUGUCCACAGGAGCAACUACUCACAGAUAACAUCCUCUGGAUUCUUAGUGGCUGGGGAAAGGGAGAGAGGAAGGGGUGAUGGCUCCUGGCGCUUUGGAAAACAGGAAGAGAGCAAAAACCAACAAAAAAGAACCGCCGAGUCUGGAACCUAGGAAGGUCUUGACCGCCCGGAUCCCAUGAAAAGCUUGUGUGGCCUGGCCAAGAGCGUGUCGGAGCGUUAGUGUGGGGGCCGAGAGCGGCCUGGCCUGGAGGGGAUGCCAGUUAGAGCAUCUCCCUCCGUGUGAGCCUUCUCGCUGCGUAACUCAGCUCCCCUCUGACAACCUGGAAAGUUGGCUGCCUUUCCCGUCCUGCUGGUUCCACCCACAGACUGAACACCCAACAGUGGUUCACUGUGCUUUUUGUGUCCCCUUUGCUUCUCACUUUAUAUUGUGCUGUACAAGGAUUGUUUCUUCACAUGCACACACGCUUUUCCCCUUCAGCCUCUGACACAGACAAAGAAGAACAGGAGGUUGCCUUCGGCCCCGCCUCUCUCCUAACCCUCUCCUCCUCCCUGGGCAUCCUCAGCCCCUAUUUUAAUUCUUGAUCAUGUAGGAAUUGUUUUGGGUAAAUGUUGAUAUUAUUGUUAUUAUUAUUAUUAUUAUUAUUAAUAAGUAAAAACAAAAGGAAUUUUUGUUUAAAAGAGACAUGUUUAACCAGAUUCUGUUCUAUUUGAAUUGUGACUUGCACCUUUUGUUCAGAGUGUUUUCUGUAGACCUUGUAAUUGUGAACAGCGCUCACUUGUGCCAGUGACAGGUGUAGUGGUCUCCUUCCCUCCCCCGGGGAGCGGUGCAUAUGCAGUAGCUGCCGUCUGUCAUUCUCUCUGUGUUUCCUCACUGUUAGAAACCAAAGUCUUCUCUGCUGGCUGGGGGCUGACAGAGGAUCUGAUCUUCAAACCAAGAAAGACAUGUCAAAUGUUUUGACUCUUGAUCCUUUUUCCUGGGAAAGGAGAAUGAAGGGUCCCCAGGCCCCUCCCAGUCUUUCACCCUGAAUUUGCACAGAAGAAAGCGGGUGCCCCGCAUGGCCGUCCUGAUGUUGCUGACAGGAUGUCCAUGCGGCUCGUCCGUCUCACUGAUACCGGCAGCUCAGCUCCUGGACCCGAUGCCCCUCGAGUGGACUUCCGCACUGCGAGAGAGAGAGCCUUUCUUGGGAUCUGUCCCGUGUUUGCACGGUCCCCAUCUCCCCUCCGCUUGGUGAGGCCACUGACUCCUCGCCAGAAGGAGGCUGCCGAGAAGACCCGAACAGCCGCCGUUGGACUUCUCUGGGCUCGUUCCAGCUCGCAUGCCCCCAGCCGCCCCCUCACACACGUGCUCGGCCUGUUGUGUUUACAUGGGACUGUGCCGAUGGAAGAGUAGGCUGCCGUCCUCCAGCAGCCGGCCGGGUGAAAGCCAGUGAGCCUAUUAACCGUGCCGUCCCGCGAACUACACUUGUAAAAGAUCAUUGCUUUGUAUUGUAGUAACCAAUAAGCGCAGUCUAUGUUGAAUGUAUAUGAACAUAAUUUCCUAUUUCUGCUCUUUGAAAACGUCAAAAGUAUUUUUUUCUUUCUCAUUUAUGUUGGACUAAAAAUGGAUUAAAAAGAUCUCCAGACCCAAA